AUGGAAAUCGACGAAUUAAUUGAGAAGUUCUCCACUCAGACUCUGCACGCUCAGAUCAUUGAUGAUACCACUGAUUCACAUUACAAGCGUACUCCAGGUGUUCAGGCCGUUGACGUCGCCGCCUCCAAGAAGGAGAGAACCACCACUCUCAAGAACAAGUGCACCGAGUACGGAAUCAAGGCCUUGCUGAGACUGUGCUCCCGUGAUGAGCUGACCAUUCUCUACGAGCCAUACGAGGAGGAGGAGGCCCAGAGGACCAAGAUGUUCCUCAUCCGUCGUCUGAAAAGCAAGAUCAUGGACCUCGGCCUCGACAACUACUGCAAGAAGGCCAAGUCCGCCACCAUCGACAUCAUCAACAAGUACGUCACCACCCCCAAGGAGAACUUUGGCACUGGCGUGCCCGACGAGCUGCGCAAGGCCGGCUUUGAGAUGUUGCUCUGGGAGACCCCAGUCGCCACCCUCCAGAAGAUGUGCGUCGAGUCUAAGAUCAAGGUCGAGAGCCAGGUCGCCUCCGUGCUCAUCAAGGCCCUGUUGACCGGAAAGGUUCCAAAGGUCAAGCGCACCAAGGCUGCCGUCGUCGAGUACAGCGAGGAGAAGCUUCCACUGUCUGCCGAGCUCACCUUCCACGACAUCUUCCAGCAUUACAACCUCGAUGAGCUCAGAGUGUUCUGCGCCAAGAAGAAGAUCAAGGUCUCUGGCACCAAGCCCGAGGUAAUCAAGCGUAUCAUGUCCUACUUUGACGGCACCUACGUUGCCCCACAGCCACGCGUUGCCAAGCCAAAGAAGCCAGACACUGCCGUCAAGAAGACCACCAAGACCACCAAGACCACCACCGCCGUCGCCCCAGUCGAGGAGGAGGAGGAAGAUGAGGGAGAGGAGGAGGUCGACUCUGAGGAUGAGGAUGAUGAGGAGGAUGAGGUCCCACCCCCCACCCAGAAGGUCCAGAAGAAGGGCGUUGUUGCCCCAGUCGAGGAAGAGGAGGAGGAUGAUGAGGAUGAUGAGGAUGAUGAGGUCAACGUCCCAGUGAAGCCAGUCACCAGAGUCUCCACCGGCAAGGCCGCCGCCGCUGCUGCCAAGCCAAUCGUCCCAGCUGAGAAGGCACCAGCCACCAAGACCACACCAAAGUCCACCAAGUCACCAAUCGUCAGAAAGGCUUAA